AUUCAGCAACUUUUAUGCCCUUCCAACGCACGAACCAACGACCUUCUUACAGCAGGAAUAGCAAAAGAAUCACCCAUCAUAAUUACAACGGUUCAGUCACAUUCGCAUCCGUGAUCGUCAUCGCUCUUAUCAGCGUUCUCAUAUUUGCCACCGUCGUCUCGCAAUACAGCCCCUUUUCUUCUAUUAGGCCGUCAAUGAGCUCGGUAAACACAUCUGUCAUUCAAUCUCCAGCUGCCAGUGUAAUCGCAACCGCUAGCGAGCCUAUAGACAAUACGAUGGUCAAGAAGAACAGCAGGGAGGAUAAGGAAUGGAACAGACUUGCGAUACAUAUGGAUUCUUACCACAACUCUUUCAGAAUGGAGUUCAAACGAGUGUAUGCGCUUGCAGACGGUGGUUAUGAAGAAGAGGCGAUGAAACUUCCUAGAUUCUUACGACUGGCUCAGCAAUUAUCUUCGCAUCUGUCGAUGCAUCACCGCAUAGAAACAUAUAUCUUCCCCAUACUCUCCAAAAAGAUGCCACAAUUCGCAGCUGGGAAGAGAGAGUCAGGUGAACACCUUGUCGCACACAAGAAAAUACAUGAUGGCCUCGACAAAUAUGACAAGUUUUUGUCUAACUCGCUUGACGACCCUUCAGUCUACAAUGGAGAGAAGUUAAGAGAGAUUAUGGAUAGCUUUCGAGAAGUUCUCUUUACACAUUUGGACGAAGAAGUGAAAGAUUUACAAGGAGAACAAAUGCGAGCCGCAGGGUGGACUUUAGAAGAAAUGAAACGGAUACCUAUGUAGAAAGCUGCCGGCGCAGCUCGCCUCGUG